AUGUCUACCGAUAGACUACUCAGAACAGUCUUGCAACUCUAUCAAGACGUCCACGAUGCUGCCAAGACGGAGCAGAUAAUCGGCUCGACGACACAUCUCCUAACAGAGCUCACCAACCCUCUGAACCUCGGUCUUCUCACAUCGCAACUAUUGACAGCGCCGGCGGUAUGGUUUCAACCGGGCGGUAUUCGAACUUCUGUUCGGGUGAUAAGCAUAUACAAUACUGCCGCCGCGCGCAUUCACAACUAUGAAGUCGCCAGCCGCGAUCGGAACGAACCACACGAGGGCAGUGGACUGUCAUGCGAAGAAUGGACGCGCUCUGUUGUGAAGGGAGCCGACGACCGGUCGAAGAGAUGGCAACAUCUUUUAGUUUUGACUGGCGUUCUCAUGGGAAUGGAGUCCAGCAAUCGGCAAUCUUUGUCGCGUGGAUUGAGGAAUACCCUUGAAGAGGCAGUUGUGAUGGCGGCGAACCUGGCGCUCGAGAGACGCGAGGAGGACGGGCCAGUUGCAGGCGCAUCGAUCGUCAUGGCUUUGAACUUCGCCUUCCCCAUGCUAUCCGAAUACCAUAGGAGCCUCAUCAACUGUAACGCGCUGCUACCCAUGAUUGUUUGGACAGUCACUGCCGAGGAGGGUCUCGCCCAUGGUCAGUUCCUGGCUCCGAUCAGCGCCGAAACUGUCGAAUCACCAAACCAUCUUCUUGCUUGGUCACCAAGCACACCGUCGUUCCACUUUAUCCAAGAAUUGGACAGGCGACCUACAUUGGCGAAUAUGGGCCCGUUGGCUAGACUUGCUGGUUAUGCUGUUCAGCAAGCAACCGAUACACAGGCGGUGAUCGCUGCACAAGAUGCUCUUGUCGCAUUUACCAACAAUGUACUGGACAUCUGGCGAUCGAACCGCUUAAGCGAUAUCGACCCAGCGCUGGAGGGCAACGUUCUCACACAAGAAACAUUGACCAGCACCUGGCCGGUUCUCUGGAACCUGCUCAGGAAGCUCAUGUUUGGGACAGUCGCUAUCCUACAAGCAAUUGUGUCGCGAAGUCUCCUUGACCCGCGAAUGCUUAACGACAUAGCCGCUCCUAUUAUCGCGGCAAAGUCCCUCCGCAUAUUACGCAACAUCUUCUUCAUUUCUUCAAGAAACGGUAACAACGCGUUUCAAGUUUAUAAUUUCACUUACUUGACAUCAAUCGACUCUAUCUCUAGAAGUGCGGCUGCUUGUCAGCUUUUCCUUCAAGAGUUUCGACCCGCAGAGGAUGCAUCGACAUCUAGUACAUACCUGCAAAGAUCGCUCGACCUGUUCUACCUCAACCUUUCUGAACAUUUACCACUCACUUUAUCAACCGAUGCUUGCGAUACACUCAUAAUUAAGCCAGCGAUUGCAUACAUUUCUCAUGAAGGACCAACAACACAAAAUAUGGUCGAGAUCUUCGAGUCCGCUCACAGCGCUAUUCUCUCGACUAUCUCUUGUCCUCAACACAGCCCUCUCACCAUCGAACUUACACCAUUCUAUAUCGCCCUACUCUUCAACUCUUUCCCGCAGCACAUCUCGUCUCGUCAAUUCCGAGUGGCUUUCAAGACUGUCAUGCAGAUUGUAUCGCCCCCAUUCCCGAUUGCAGAGUUGGAACCAUUCCUUUCAGAGACAUUGUUGGAGAUGCUUCGAGGUUCGAUAUCGACGGCGUCGACGGGUCUUCUUCCACCAACCGCAGACAUUGUAUCGCAAGCCGCGAUGGAGGAGACACAGGAAGUACGCUUUUCUCAGCAAAGCUCUCUUUGUUUAGCUCUAGUCGAUUCUUUGCCAUAUCUUCCGCUUCCCUUGGUAGAAGAAUGGUUUACAAUUGCGGCUCAGGCCAUGAAUGAGAUUGAGGACCCUGCAUUGCGGGAACCUGUCAAGGAACGAUUCUUGGAGAUUCUUGUUAGUGGAGAGUUAGACGUGGAGCGAGCAGCCACUGGAGUAGCAUGGUGGGGAACUCGAGGUGGCCGAGAACUUAUUCUUGGUGCAAGCGCGGAACCUGCCAUGAUGAGUGGUGCAUUGCCUGGACCUGAAAGAACCAGCCGACUGUGA